AUGGAUCCAAGACAUGAUGAUUGUAAUAAAAAGAAAAUAACAUUAUCAAAAACUCAAAUGUCAUAUUAUAUGUCAUUGAUAAGUAAAGAAGCAAAGAAGAGUUAUUUAAGAUUAAUUCAAAAACAGCAACAAUUAUUAUUUGAAGAGCAAAUAAUAUUACAAAAACAAUAUACCAAUGAAUUAAUUCAAAAGCAAAUUUCAUUUGAACCAGAACCAACCGAACUUGAUAAACAAUUUCCAAUUAGUUCAAUCCCUUUACCAAAACCUCAACAACCAGAUGCAAAAUUAAAAAAGGAAAUACCAUUAUCUCAACAAAUUGAUAAUCAAUAUAAUAAAUUGGCAAUUCUCUAUAGGAAAGAUUUCAUAGAUAGAAAUCAACUCUAUGAACAAUUGAUUAUAUUGAAUGGUAUCGAAAAAGCUGAUAGAAAUUUAAAGAAAAUCGAUUCAUUAGCAAUGGAAAAAAUUGAUGAAAUUUUAAAAUAUAAACCACUACCAUCGAAAUUGAAUUUACCAAAAUUUCUUGAAAAAACUAAAAGACUCUCGAGAAUGGUAAUUGAUGAAAAAUUGAAAUUGGAACCAUUACCACCACAACAGGAACAAAAAUCUGAUCAUUAUUUACAUCAACAUACUAUACCACCAACUCAACAACAAAUAGCUAUCAAUUUAAAUUUAUAUCAAUUGGAAUUAAAGGGUAGAGAUGAAAUUGUUAAAGUUGCAAAAUCAUUUGGUUUAACUUCAACUAAAUCUAAAAAUAAAUCUGAAUUAUUUAAAUCAAUUAAAACAAUAGUUGAAAAUUUUAAACAAAAAGAAUCUUUUCAAAUACCUCCACCAUCAUCGUUAUCAUCUUCAAAAUUAAAUUCACAACAACCAUCUUCAACUUCAGCACCACCAAAUUUAAAAUCAAUAUCAACAUCAGAUUCAAUAUCACCAAAUUUAAAACCUCAAUCUUUAACAUCAUCACCAUCAUUAUCAUCAUUAUCAUCAUCAUUAUCAUCAUUAUCAUCAUCAUCAUCAUCAUCAUCAUCAUCAUCAUCAUCAUCACCAACAUCUCCAAAUUUAAAACCUCAAUUAACAUCAUCAACAUCCUGGUCACCAUCAAUAUCACCAAAUUUACAAGCACAAUCAUUAACUUUAGUAUCACCCCAAUUACAACCAUCACCAUCAACAUCACCAACAUUAAUUCCAACAUUAUUACUAUCAACAACAGAACCAAUGGAAACUUUAUUAUUACAAAAUGAUUAUUGUUAUUAUGAUCAAUAUUGUUAUGAUACAACUGAUAAUAGUGAAAAAUUAUUUUGGAAAAUUUUUAGGAAUUCAAAAUUAUUUUCAGAAAUUUUUAAAAAUUUUAAUAAUGGCAAUAUUAAUGAUUAUGGAUUUGGAAAACAAUAUUUUAGAUAUAAUGAAAUGAAUCAUAUUAAAUGGAUGUUAGAUAAUGGUCAUAUUAAAAUGUUAAUUGAUAAAACUAAAAAACCAAAUGAAUUCAUAUUGGUUGGUGGUGAAUAUCAAUACAAUCAACAAACACAUUAUAAAAAUUAUUUUGAAAAGAAAACUAGAAUUAAAAUGGAAAUUGAAAAACAUUUUAGAUGGGUAUCACCGAUUUUCAAGGAUAUAAUUAAAGUUAUCAAUGGUACCAAUCAAUAUUGUACAACUGAAUUCUUUCAAACUCUUUUUACAAAUUAUAAAAGAAAUAUAAUGUCAUUGGAAAUUUUAGGUGAAUAUAUUAUAAUUGAAAAGAAUUUACAUGCACUUCAUUCAAUUUGUUUAUCACCUUUUAGUUAUUAUAAUGGCAGAGAAACGUUAAGACUUUUAAUUGAAAAUUCCUUUUUAAAAGGUAUAAAAUUAUUAAUUAACAGAUUCAAAACAGAACCAACAACUUUAGUUUAUCAUACAAUAAUCUUAGAGAAAUAUACAUGUAAAUCAAUUAGAAAAACCUUUAAAAUAAUUUUAUAUUUUGUUGAUCAAAAACUAUUGACAUGUAAUUUACAAGAUGUUGAACUUAGAAGUUCAAUUUAUUCUAGAGUAGUUGAAUUAAUUAGAAUGCAUCAAGAUUUUGAACUUACAAAAAGAUUUGGUAAUGAAUUUUAUUGGGUUCAUAUCAAGUUAAAAGAUUUAUUAAUAAUGACAAGAUUGGUUCUAUUAUUUGAACCAAAUUAUUCACCAGAUGAAAAUGAUUAUUCAAUUGUUAAUAAUAUUCAAUCAUUAAAUCAAUUAAUAUCAACUCAUUUCACAAAACAAGAUUUAAAAUUAACCUUAAAAAAACUUUUAAGAGAUUGUCCACAUUAUGAAAAGUAUCAAUCAAUUAGAGAAUUAAUAAUUCAAUAUCUAAAGAUAGUUAGUGGAGUUGAAAGAUCAAUCAUUAGUAAUUGUUUUAAUUAUAGUUUAUUAGAUUCAUUUAUAAAUUAUUCAAGUAAUGAAGAUGAUGAUGAUGCUGAAGCUAAUGAAGAAAUUGAAAUUAAAAAAUUUGUAAAAUUAGUAGAUAUAAUCCAACCACCAAAUUUUAUAAAGAAAAUGAAAUCCUAUAAUCUAUUGGAAGAAUCUUUAAAAUUUGGUUAUUAUCAUUAUUGGAAAGAAUUGGCAAUUUUUAAAACACCAAAAAAUAUUUUUAAAAAUUUCAAUUGGAAGAAUAGUAGAUUACUCUUUAAAUAUUGUAGAGAUGAUAAAAAAAGACAAAUUAAUUUUAUCAAUAAAAUUUGUGAAUGUAUUGACGACUCAAUUCUAUAUACAAAUAAUAAAGGUGCAUUUAAAAUGUAUUCUCAUAUUUUAUUAUAUUUAGUAAUUGGUACUGAUGAUUUGGAAUUGGUUAGAUUGGUAGUUAAAAAUCUUAGAAACUAUGUAGACUUUUCACUUAGACCACCACAAAAAUCAACACCCUUUGAAUCAUUUUAUAUUCAAAAAUAUAUUAGAUCAACGAAAAUGUUAGAUUAUUGUUAUCAAAACUUUAAAAUUCAUUUUCAUUUAUGGUUAGCAGCUGGUGAAUAUUAUUACUUUCAUAGAUUUAAAACUUUGGAACUAUUUCAACGUUAUGAAUACCUAUUUUCAUUAUUUACAGAUAUAAAACCAUUGGUUCAAUUUAAAACUCUAACAAUUGAUGAUUUUAAUAAUACUCAAAAAAAUUAUGAUGGUUUGGUUCAAUCAAAGAUUAGAUUAAUUAAUCUCAUCACUUAUAUCCUUUCAAAGCCAGAUAUUUAUAAAAUUAAUUCAGAGAUUUUAAAUUGUUGGACUCAUGAAUCUAUGGAAAUCGACUGUGAUGAAGAUACCUUUGAAUCAAUUCUAUUACCUGGUAUAAAAUCAAUUAUUGAAUUUUCUUUUAAAGAAACCAUUAUAAACUCUAGAAAAUUAAUUCAAUAUAAUCCCUCAGAUAUUAAAAUAUUUAAAAAGAAUUAUCAAAAAAUAAGAUUACUAGAUUGGAUUGUUGAUUUUAGAAAAUCAAUUGAUUUAACCAUUAUUAAAAAUGAAAACAAACAAGAAGAAUUAAAUAGUUGUUUGAAAAGAUGUACUUUUGAUUUUCAAUUUAAAGAAUCACCUUUACAAAUCGGUGCAAAUAAUGAUACAAUAUCUUUAGAGAAAUUAAUUCAAAAUAUUUUAUUCAAACAACAAAUGAAAAUUGAAAUUGAUGAUUUAUUUAUGGAUGUUGAUUUUGAAUAUAAUAAUAAUAAUAAUGAAAGAGAAGUUGAUUCAGAUAUUACAGAUGAUGAAUAUUAUGAAGAAAACAAUAAUAUCUUUAACAACGACAAAAAUAAUAAAAAAGAAAAAAAGAAUAUAGAAUACUUUAAUUCAGAAAUUCAAAAAAUUGUAAUUGAAGCUGCUAGAUAUGGACAUAUUGAUAUUUUCAAGCAUCUUUAUUUUAAUCAUUAUAAAAUUUUAUUAGAGAAGCCUGAAACUGGUACAGGUUUAAUUUCUUAUGGUAAUUUAAGAAAAGCAAUGCUUGUUGCAAUUAAACAUGGUCAUUUACAUAUUAUGGAUUUCCUAAUGUCAAUAUUCGAUAUCUCAUUCCACAACAAAGAUACCAGAAACUAUUAUUAUAAAUAUUAUAAAAGAUUAGAAAAUCCUCAAAAACAUCAAUUAACAUUUUUAAAGAAAUUAAAAAAGGAAUUUGAUAAUCAAAAUAAAAACAAUAAUAAUAAUAAUAAUAAUAAUAAUAAUAAUAAUAAUAAUAAUAAUAAUAAUAAUAAUAAUAAUAAUAAUAAUAAUAAUAAUAAUAAUAAUAAUAAUAAUAAUAAUAAUAAUAAUAAUAAUAAUAAUAAUAAUAAUAAUAAUAAUAAUAAUAAUAAUAAUAAUAAUAAUAAUAAUAAUAAUAAUAAUAAUAAUAAUAAUAGCAACCUAAUUGUAAAAACAGAGAAAUUAAUGUAA